AUGGAAGGAGUAGGAGCUCGGUUAGGUAGGUCAUCGACUCGUUACGGUCACGGAGGACCGGCUACGGUAUUCACAGGUCCGGUUAGGAAGUGGAAGAAGAAGUGGGUUCACGUCUCUCCCUCCUCCAAGAAACACUCCUCCUCCUCCUCCGUUGCUUCCGACGGAUCGCAUUUGUUGUUCUUUAAGUGGGCUCCAUUGUCUCAGGGCGGCAGCGGGAAUGAGGAUGGUAAAAGCGAGAGUAAUUCUCCCAGCGAAGAGCCUGUGACGGAGACGACGGCGCAAGAAGAGCCUCCGCGCCGCAGAUUCAAAUACGUGCCGAUAAUUUGA